CAUACCGGCCGUCACCCAAAGCACUCUUAAACCCUAGACAUCUUCUCUUCGUUUUCCCUUUUUCUGGCGAACUUAGGGUUUUGCCCUCAUAUUAAUCGAAAGUACAGGGUUCCGUUAAUUAAUCAAAAAUGGUGAAGAAGAGCAAGAAGAGUAAGAGUAAGCGGAUAUCUCUUAAAAAGAAGCACAAGAUUAUAAGGAAAGUGAAGGAGCAUCAUAGGAAGAAGGCGAAGGAAGCAAAGAAGCUUGGAUUGAAUCGAAAACAGAAGGUUGAGAAGGAUCCAGGCAUCCCCAAUGAUUGGCCUUUUAAGGAGGAGGAGCUUAAGGCUCUCGAAGCCCGGAGAGCCCGUAAAUUGGAGGAAUUGGAGCAGAAAAAAGCUGCUAGAAAAGAGAGGGCUCAGAAGAGAAAAUUGGGUUUGCUUGAGAACGAUGAUCUUGAGUCUGAAAACAGGACUAUAGAGGAAGAGGCUUCAGCAAUACCAAAAAGUCAUGAUCACUCUGAGAGAGCCUUCUAUAAGGAGCUGGUUAAAGUGAUAGAAGCAUCAGAUGUGAUCGUGGAGGUUCUUGAUGCACGAGAUCCACUUGGCACUCGUUGUGUUGACAUGGAAAAGAUGAUAUUUAAAGCUGAUCCAAAUAAAAGGCUUGUUUUACUUCUGAACAAGAUAGAUUUGGUUCCUCGGGAGGCUGUCGAGAAAUGGCUCAAGUAUCUAAGAGGAGAGCACCCUGCAGUGGCCUUUAAGUGUAGCACACAAGAACAGAGGUCAAAUUUAGGGUGGAAAUCUUCAUCGAAGACGGCAAAACCAAGCAAAAUUCUGCAAACAAGUGAUUGUCUAGGAGCUGACACCCUUAUAAAACUAUUAAAGAAUUAUUCUCGAAGUUGUGAGCUUAAAGUGUCAAUUACGGUGGGUAUUGUUGGGCUGCCCAAUGUUGGCAAGAGUAGUCUGAUCAAUAGCUUGAAGAGAUCUCAUGUAGCCAAUGUUGGUGCGACACCCGGAUUGACAAGAUCGAUGCAAGAGAUUCAAUUAGAUAAGAACGUCAAGCUAUUGGACUGCCCUGGAGUCGUAAUGCUCAGGUCUGGUGAGAGUGAUGCAGCAAUAGCCCUCCGCAACUGCAAAAGAAUUGAAAAGCUGGAUGACCCGAUUGCUCCAGUUAAGGAGAUCCUCAAACUAUGCCCUGCCGAGAGGUUGAUAUCACUGUACAAGUUGCCUAGCUUUAGUUCCGUAGACGACUUUCUUCAGAAGGUUGCUACUGUCAGAGGGAAGCUAAAAAAGGGAGGUAUUAUCGAUGUUGAAGCUGCAGCGAGGAUAGUGCUGCAUGACUGGAAUGAGGGAAAAAUUCCAUAUUAUACACUUCCUCCUACAAGGGAUGCGGUGAAUUUGGAGACAACUAUUUUGUCAGAGUUUACCAAAGAGUUUGACAUUGAUGAGGUUUACAAGACCGAGUCUUCAUUCAUCGGUAGCCUUGCAUCUGCUGAAGAUUUCCGUCACGUUGAAGUCCCUCCAGGCUCCCCCCUGAAUUUUGACGAGCAGAUGCUAGAGGAGGAUAACGCUGAGCACAAGGAAAUAAGUCCAAUGGAUGAACCGAUGGCUUCUGAAGAAAAAGACCCUAUAGAGACAAAAACAACCACAAAAGGCAAACAAAAUGACAAGCUAUACACCGCUGAAGGCAUACUAGAUCCACGCAAACGAAGAGCCGAGAAGAAAUCGAGGAAAGCCAACAAGAAAAACUCGGCAAAUCAAAUGGACGCUGACUAUGAUUUUAAGGUGGAUUAUCAAAUGAAGGAUUCUACUUCGGAUGUUAAUACAGUCGAUGAGGAUGACAAGGACGGGGAUAAUGAAACUACUGAAGAGGCGCCUAUGGCCGGAGUUGAAAUAGAUGCCUAAAAAAUUUAAAGCAAAUUGCAAAGGCACUCUGUUCUCGUUGAAAACCAUGAGAUUGAUAUCAAUUUUGUACUGUGGAGAUCCUGACGUGUUCCUUUUUUUCUUAUUUUUACCCCUUUAUUAUGUGAGUAGAACUGUAGGGCUGGGGCACCAAGAAACAUGUUUACAUAUUUACAUGGUAUUUAUGUGAAUGCCUACUUUAGAACCUUUUGAUUACUACUUUAUGCCGUUGAGAUGGAUCCUGUUACUUCAUAUUUUGCAUGCUUCGAUCUGUAAUUUUUACUUGUUUUGUGAA